AUUUGUCAGCACUGGGGGCUGAACACCCCUGGAAGUCAGAUUCUAGGAUUACCCCUGGUUUAAACAUUUCAUAAAUUUACUAAACUCAGUCCAGAUUACGGGGUUAUGAGAGCUGCACAUCAUUGCGUUUUGUUUUUAUUUAUAGUACAACAUCUCAACUUUUUCAGAAUCUGGGUUGUACGACAGUCUGGCCAGAAGUCCCUCCAAGCUACACAAGAAGUGCUACAACUAAAUGCUGCAAAUGGUUUAUAAACUAGUGUUUGAGCAGCUUUAUUUGUAAGACUAGAGGUGUUUUGACACAGCAUAAAUCCACUGUGAUCUUGGCACCGUUCAGGACUCGUCAAUCCCAUAAAAACUAAACUGUUUCGCCAAACUGAGAUUGUUCAAGAAACAAAACUCCUGCUGCAAGUUACAGUAAGAAUACUGUUGACUGCAUUUAAAAAAGAAAAAAAAAACACAAAAGGAAGGGAGGUGGCACAUGUAAAGAGGUACUAAAGUGCAGAGGGCGGGGAGUGGAUACAACAAAUGGCAGGGAAAAAAAGAGAUAAGGAGGGAAACAGAAAAGAAUUUGUGAGGAACUGAAAGCAGUGGAGGGUUAAGAGAGGAGGAGCACUAUAUAGUUUCACGAGGAGGAAUUAGACAAAGCCCAUACAGGGGGCAGAAGGAACAGUAAACGGUUUCAUUUUUACUUCAGCUGUACUGCUUUUAUUUUUUUCACUACAACAAAAAAAAGCAAACUGAAAGUAGAGGGGGAACUAUCACAGAGAGCAACUAAAGGCAGGAAAGGGAAAGGGAGAGAUGGCUGUUAAGAGUCGAGUCUGAAAGAUUAAUUGAGGAAGAGAAACAAAAAGCAGAGACGAGCCUCUGAGGAGCGAGGGAAGUAAGAAAACAGCAGAUACUCAUUGACAGAGAGAACGGGACCUGACUCCACGGACCACUGAGAUCAGCACAACAAGGGGAAAGGAGAGCGGCUGAAAAGAGGUCACAGUGGUUGCAUGAGGUUGCAUGCCUGAGCAAGUCUACUAUACGAGUGAGACAGCUGAGGUAAACAAACUCGAGCAAAGUUUCUCCACGUCCAAGUUGCAGCACCAUGUUGAUGAAAGAGUAUCGCAUAUGUAUGCCACUGACGGUGGAAGAGUACCGGAUCGGGCAGCUCUACAUGAUUAGUAAGCACUGCUGUGAGCAGAGCGGUGGGGGAGAGGGGGUGGAGGUGGUGAAGAAUGAGCCGGACAUUCACCCUCAGCACGGCCCCGGACAGGUGACCGAGAAGAGAAUCUACCUCAGCAGUAAACUUCCAUCUUGGAUCAAAGCUUUUGUCCCACGAUUCUUCUAUGUGACAGAAAAGGCCUGGAACUUCUACCCAUAUACCAUUACAGAGUACUCAGUAUCGUUCGUCCCCCGGUUCAGCAUUCGCAUUGAGACGAGGUUCGAAAACAACAACGGCAGUAACAACAAUGUAUUUGGGGACACGCCAACUCCAGCUGAAAAUGUGAGUUUCCUGGAUAUCCUCAGUGACCCUAUUCCAGAAAAGCACAAAAUAGAAUCAGAGGACCUGAGCCGCUGGCGCUCAAGUAAAACCAACCGAGGGCCUCUGAAGGAGGGCUGGAGAGACCACCACAACCCCAUCAUGUGCUCCUAUAAGAGAGUGCAGUGCAGCUUCGAGGUGUACGGCUUCCAGACCAGGACGGAGGACUUUGUGCACAAAAUUAUCAAAGACAUUCUUCUGGUUGCCCACAGGCAGGCGGUGGCAUGGCUUGACGAGUGGCACGGGCUGAGCUUGAAAGACGUGAGAGAGUACGAGAAAAACAUGCAAGAGACGACCAACAGCAAAGUUACAUCCACUCAGAUUGACGCAGGUGAGGUUGCAGCGCCUGACCUGCAUUGCUCCCAGGUUCCCUCCCGACCUGCGUUCUUUCGCUCCAUCUCUGUGACAGACGAGCGUUCCCUGAAGAAGAUGGGAGUGACGACAGUGGACGUGACUGACACGUCAGCCCUCACCGUGCCGCACAGCCCCGCUCGCCUCAACUCAACUCCUGAGUGAUACUUCAGACCCGGCGCACAACACAAAACCCAAAUCAACCGGGCUUAAGCCAUGUUUUUUUUUUUUUCUAAAGAAUGAAAGAACAUAGGCACAAAGAGCAACAUAAUUCCAAAGGGCCCUUUUUGUCAUUUUGGGGAACGAAAAGACGAGGUGAUCAGUCCAAUCCAACUUUAUUUAUAAAGCACUUUAAACAACCAUACAGGACCAAAGUGUUGAUCAGUACCACUGGAAAAUAAUACAAUGCAAAAACACAGUUCAGUCUUCAAAAAAUACACUUAAAAGUAGGGAUGCACAACAUUA